AUGUACAGCGUGAGCUUCAAAGACGAAGAACGAUUUUACCUUCGACUGCUGCUCCUUCAUGUUCGUGGCGCAACAAGCUUUGAAUCGAUACGAACAUUCACCGGAACGGUUUAUCCAACAUUCAAAGAAGCUGCAUCGGCACGAGGACUUCUUGAGUCAGACGAGGAGUGGGACCGCUGCUUACAUGAAGCUUCCACCUAUGAAAUGCCAAAGCAAUUGCGGGAAACGUUCGCUUACAUUUGUUGCUUCUGUCAGCCCUCCCAACCAAUUGAACUGUGGAACAAAUAUGUCAUCGACCUGGCUCUCUACUACAUGCGACGUUUCACCGAUGACGUCGCAAUAAACAUGGCACUUCAUGACAUCAACGCGAUUCUCAAACAACAUGGAUUGUCUUGCGCACUAAUCGAUCUGCCAACACCAAUCGGAAUUGCACCAGAAGCCAAGCUCUACGAUCCAGCUGAAGAAGCACGCGAAGGCGACGAACGCGUUGUGAUACUCAACGACAAGCAAUUGGAUGCAUUCGGAAAAAUCGUAGGUGCCAUCGAUAACCAGCAUGUUGAGCAUCGGUGCUUCUAUCUCGACGGUCCUGGAGGAUCCGGAAAAACAUUCCUUUACACAACACUAAUGGCAUUUAUCCGCAGAAGAGGACAGAUCCUAAUUGAAUUAGUUGAGCCAAUGUUAGGUACCGGCCGAUAUCUCGAUCGUAUAAUUCAACGUAUAUUAAAAGUGGAUCGUCGAAAAUCGGCAUUGUCAGUGAAAAUAGAACUUGAACAAGAAUUAGGCGUGGUAAUUCAUGAAGAUACGGUUCGUAAUCGUGCACAUGAAAUUGGUUUUUACGGCCGUACAACACGCAAAAAACCUUAUGUAAAUAGGGGUAGUCAUUUUAAACGUAUAAAAUAUGCAAGGCAUAUGUUAAAACAGCCGUUUGGUUACUGGAAUAAUGUCUUGUGGUCGGACGAGUCACAAUUUAAUUUGUUUGGUUCGGACGGGAAAGUUAUGGUUUGGAGAACGCCGAAGGAAGAAUUUGAUCCCAAAUGCACGGUAGCAACAGUCAAACAUGGUGGCGGUAAUUUGAAGGUGUGGGGAUGUUUUUCGAGAGCCGGUGUUGGUAAUCUAUUUUUUCUUGACAGAAUCAUGGACAGAUUCUAUUACAAAGAAAUAUUAGAAAAAAAUCUGCUUGCGUCGUCCAAUAAAUUACGUUUAGGCAAGAAAUUGGUCUUUCAACAUGAUAACGAUCCCAAACAUACGGCUGGAAUAGUUAAAGAUUGGUUAAAGGAAAAAGGGAUUGAAAUAUUGGAAUGGAUUCCGUAUUCACCAGAUCUUAAUCCAAUGGAACAUAUGUGGGAUGAAUUGGAACGGCGAAUGAAAAAACACCAGCCAAAGAACAAAGACGAACUAAGAAAGGCUCUUUUGCAAGAGUGGAAUGGAAUUGGCACUGAUAUCACGGAAAAACUUGUUGAUACAGUACCUAAUCGUUUAUAUGAAUGUAUAACAAUGAAAGGCUUUUCAACCAGAUAUUAA